UGUGCUGCUUUGAGUCGGAGUUUGAUAAGAAGAGCCCGGGCGGGUCGCGGCUCACCGAGUCGUCGGGACAUGCGAAAGCGAGAGCCCCGCGGACGGGCCGCGCACCCCCUCCGCCCCGCCGCAGUGGACUCGUCGCUAAUAACCUUGGCGAGAGCCGGCCGAGCCGCCGAACAGCGGCUGCGACUCCGGCGAGGGAAGCUCGACUGCGGACAUGGCGGAGAGCGAGCGCUCGCCCCACGAGCACCGGGAGACGCGCGCCCGCGACGGCGACGGCGACGGCGACGGCGUCGAAGCGGCGGCGCCGCCGCGGGGACGCGGCUGCGGAAGAAAACGGAAAGGGACGCCCGUGAAAGUCUUCGUUACGGCCGCUGAAGAGGAGAUCAACCCCGAGCGCGCGCGCUGCAGAGGUGACGUAAAGGAAGCAGCUGAGACCAAACGUCCCACGGCGGACGCGUCUCUCCACAAGACGGAAGCGUCUCCCAACAACCGUGGUCCGUCAGAGCCGACUCAUGACAAAGUCUCCGCCGCAUCCAAAGCUAGCUCCAUCUCCGCCUCCGCGCCAGCUCGCAGCUCGACCCCGGUCCCGGCGACCUCGGCUCGAGCCCUUUCCGUGACCCCCGGGUCCGCGGCGGCGACCGCCCCGGUGGCCUCCGCUACGGCCCCGGUAACCGGCGCCUUCCCGCCUUCCCCUAACUGUCGCAUCAGAGAGGUUCACUGCGGCAGCCAAGUUCGACUGGUGGUGAUUGCAAUCCGAAACAUCGCCAAGGGGGAGGAGAUCACCGUGGACUACAGCCUGACCGAGUGGGGGGAGAACCUGGGUUUCCGCAGUUCUGCGUCUCCACCGCAACCGGAGUGCAACUCUGAUGCAGAGAAUAACAUCAAAAAGGAGGACGAGGCUCCGUCGACCACCCAGCGACCAAAGAAGCAGCAGCAGCAGCGGCAGCAGUACCGGGACUACGUCACGCCCUCUUGGUCUCUUUCCCCCUCUUCCUCGCCCAUCUCGCAUUCUGACGCCACUGACUCCGAUGCGGCAGACGAGGACAACGCCAGCCUCCGCGGGCGCGCCCCGCGUCGACGCAAGAAGCGGCACGGUACCCCUCCGAAGAAAAAGACCCCCCAUCGAACUGAGUCCGGGCACCCGGCCCCCGCCGCCUCCGAUCGUCCGCUCCCGUCAUGCCGCCCGCCUGCGCCCUCUCCUCCCGGCUCCUCUUUGUCCACCUCCGCCAAAGCUGCGUUCAAAGCUCCCGCUCCUCUCGGCACGGGCGGCACGGGCGACCCGGACGCCCCCCCCCGAGGAGGCGUGUCCGUAGACUCCACGCGCCAAACUUGCGACUACUGCGGACGCCACUUCCGCUCGCUGGGCCGCCAUCUAGACAAACACCACGCCCACCAGCCCGACGUGUGCUCCGCCCUCGUCGAGCGUUACACUCGGAUGCCCCGCUUGCACGCGCAUAACGCAAUUGUCCCCGCUCAUCACGACUCAAAAGCGACGUCUGCCGCCACGCGCGGCCGGGCGGAAGCGAGCGCCGUUCGGGACCUCUCCUUAUGUCCGCCGACCGCCGCCGAACAAUCGCCGGCGCCCGCCUCGCCCGCCUCGCCCGCGUCGCCCCCACCCCCGCUGCCGCGAGGACAGAACUCUGUGGCGGUGUCGGUCCUGAAGAGGAGCCCGCCCCCGGUGGCUGCGACGCCGCCCAGAAAGGGAGGAGGGAGGAGGCUAAAGAAAGAGAGAGCGGACGAUGACGAAGGUGAAGAGGCUGCGGAGCUCGUGCAGGUCAAGCGGCCCAAAGAGGGGGAAGUCCGGGUCGGGUGCGCUCCGUCCUUCAGAGCCGAGCUGUCCGAGGAGACGCGGGAACGAAAAAUGGAAGAGGAGGAGGAAGAGGAAGAGGAAGAGAACGGUGCGAUGGACGUGGAAGAUGAAAGCGGGGCCGAGGAUAAGGAAAAAGACUCGCUAAGUUCCGGGCGUCACCAGAUGCUGCCCCUCCUGUCGUCGUUGUCGUCCCUCGUUCUGUACCUCCGGCGGCUGCAGCAUUCGGCCUUCCUGUCGCUGUCUCGCCAGCUGCGGUCGGCCGAGGCCUGGCGCCUCCUCUGCCACUCCAGCCUGGCGCUGCUCAUCCUGUACAACCGCCGGCGCGAGUGCGAGGUCUCCAAGUUGUCCGUCGGCGAGUACAGAGCGCGCGUGACUCCUCGGUGCCCCGUUCCCGUGCCCCCCGGCUCUCCGCCGGCCCUCACCCCGCUGGAGGCCUCUCUGUCUCCUUUUGAGCGGCUGGUGCUUUCCCACCUCCCGCGCGUGGGCGUCCAGGGCAAACGCGGGCGCAUCCAGCCCCUCAUUCUGCCGCCUCACUGCGAGCCCUGCCUGGAGCUGCUCCUGCAGACGCGCCGAGACGUGGGCGUGGAUCCGGCCAACCCUUACGUCUUCGCCAGGCCCUACCACUCCCCCGCCACGCCCCUGCGAGGCACCGACCUCCUGCGCAGCCUGGCCCGCUCCAGCGGCACUCGCAAUCCCAGAGCCCUCACCCAGACCAGGGUGCGACGGCAGGUGGCCAUCUUGACCCAACUGCUGCUGCUCGGAGAGGGAGAGGAUCCGGGCCGGCCGGGAGGCGGCGCGGCGGAAAGGCUGGAGCACUUCCUGGAGAGGGAGUACCACGUGACGCAGAACUGCGCCGGCAUCGGCCAGGAUCCGGGCCUGAUGGGCAGAGUGGGCCGCGUCGUGCUGUGCGGAGAGCGAGACGGAGUGCUCUUCAGAGGCAUGAGCCUAAACCACAUCUGCCUGGAGCUGGACGUUAUGUCGGGAAACUCCGCAGACUCGUUCUCGGAGGGAGAAUCGGAAGGCGAGCCGGUAAAGGAGAAGCCCGAGUCCCCCGGCACCGUCGCCCCCGCCGCCAAACCCGCGCCGACCUUGCUGUACGUCAGGAAGGGCAAGAACAACGGCCGAGUGGGCCGACCCAAGAAGCUGAAAAACGCCCAGUCGCUUGCUCCGCCUCCUCCUCCUCCUCCUCUACCGCCAAUCAGCCGAAGGAGAGGCUCCGGGAAGCGCGGCGUCCUGAAGCGUCCGUGGUCCGAGGCGGAGCGGGCGGCGGUGGAGGAACACCUGACCCAAAACAUCAACGAGCUCCGCGUGCCCGCCAAGGCCGACUGCGAGCGCUGCCUGCAACUGUGCCCUCUGCUGGUCAGCAACCAGCGGGAUUGGCGGGCCAUCAAGUUUUAUUGCCACAAUCGCAUUCAGCUGCUGAAGAAGAAUCAGCGGCGUGAGAGCGAGCCGCUGCCGCUCGUCGUGUGCUGAGAGGGGAGGCCGGUCGGCGUGCCUCCCGCUCUUACUCCAAACGUGACGGUCCGAAAUUUCACCGAUCGUCGCCGUCGGCCAUUACGGCUCUUUCGAGAACAGAGGACUUGAUUUUUUUUCUCCUUUUUACUUCCCUGCCGGUAAGACCGCGACGGCGGCCGGACGAGAGUACGUGCCGCGGACCGUGUCGGACGCGGACGUGUCGUCUCGCGACCGACGUGCGGCGCCGCAUCGAUUCCGGACAGCGUCGCGUCAGAGGUCGGACGGAGAAAGACGUCGGUCCGCUGCUAGCGUAGAAGACUCCCAAACACUUUUUCUUCUCUUCGCGCAGUUGACCUCAGUGUUAGAUCUUGUAUUAUUCUACCUGGUAGGUUCAGCUCAUCAAUCUCUCAGGAGGCAGGUACAUUUUUCGAGGAGUUCCGGGGCUCGAGUUGUGGAAAGUUGAGGAUUUCCUGUGGCGUCGGAACGUGUAGUUGUUACAUUUGGAGACGUGCAAUGUUUUGUCGAAUUGUCCUCAAUCAGAAGGUUUCUCCAAGCCGUUUGGACCCGCGUGCGUCCGCACUCCCUCGUGCAGUCCCUUUCAUCGAGGAACGAUGUUGCGGUUUUACUGCCUGUCGCGCAUUUGUUAUCCACAGCGGUCGAAACGCGCGACAGCCUAUAAGCUGGAUAUCGCUUUGUAUGUAUGUAAAUCGGAGACUCGUACUCGUUUUAAAGGUCGCGUAUUUUGACUAUUUCGACCUCCAUUGAGUGACUCUCUCACAAGGACUUGAUAUACAAGUGUCAAUUUGACUUUGGUUUAGUCAUCCGGGUGUCCAGAAAAGGCUCGUCCGACGGAGACUUCUUCUGUUUGACCCACUUUUGUAUCUGCUUUGUCCAUAUUUAGCGAAGACCGCCCCCCUUCCUCUUAAUCGGUCGCCACCCGCGUGUGUCAUUACGACAGCGCCGGCGCAGGAGCGGAGAGGCAGGCGGAGAUCUUCGCUCGUGAUGUCGAUAAGCUUGAGAAAUUCCGUUAAGUUGAUUUCAGGCCUCUUGGCAGAAAAACGUCUGCAACUCAGGAAUGUGUGGACCAUUUUAAUUCAUACUUCACAUGUUUACUGGGGCACCAUAGAGAAAAUAGUGCAUCCCAAAUGCUAGAAACAAGUUGGUUUGGUCAACUAUGGGACCUUGGAGAUUCUUCAAAAGUGAGCAGUUACAGAAUCUGAAAAGUGACUUUUGUGUGUUUCGUGUUUGUUUGCGACGUCCGCGUGCUAUUCUCCUCCGGUCCGUUUCCUUUUUUUUUUUAGCCGUAGCGAAGAAUCUCUUCAUCCGUCGUGAUUCAAAAGCGUCUGUGAAAACCGAAGAUGGAUACUUGAAGUUAAUGGCGACUUUUGCCCAGUCUGUAAUGUCCCUUCUUGCUCCAGCCUUGCCAGUUACAUUGUAAAUAACAAAUAUAUUCUCACUAUGAAAACCGCUAGACUUUAUGUAGCCUCCAUUUCUGAGUCAUUACUAUCUGUAUAUAAUCCUGUUUUGUAAAUAACGUCAAAGAAAAAAAGUGUUUGACAUGCCUUGGUUGGUGUUUUUUUUUCUUUUUCUAAGUCCUAUAAAACUUUAAAGCCCAA